CCCAGGAUCGUGCUAUCACGCCGACGGGGAGCAGCUUCUCGCCUGGCACUCGCCGCUCGCUUGCGUCUUUCCGCGUCUACCCCCGUGUCACGCAGAAAUUUUCGACUCCGUUCGGCCAAGAAAGAGAAGCGCCUCGCCCGCGAGAAAGUGGCGUCUUCCGGUCUCGCGUUACCGUCGCUGCGCUGGUUGUGCGAACAGUCGAGGAUUCGGUGAACCGACGCGAUCCGGCGGCGCGCGGCGACGCCGAGAAACGUGGUUGCGACGCCGGUGUACGCGGAGGAAAACGAGGAUGAUCAGGACGCGGACCAGGUGAUAGAGGCUGGCAUCGCUGGCCGACUACCCGGGGAACCGUGGAAGACGACAGGUCCAACUGUUCCGAUGGAAAUAGCCAGGUUCGAAGAGUAAACCGAGAGGAUCGUUCGCGAGGACCAGGAAUAGGCGAGCCGACGGCCGACCGAGACGAGGGACGUCGACAACGUCGGAAGCGCCGGGUGGAAUUCGACGCUGCGUUUUCAGCUGGUUAACCGAACGACCAGAAUGCGCCGGUGGUUGCGGCCGUCCUCCUCGAGAUGCUGAAGGAAGUCGGCUGCGGGAGCAGCACACCCCCGCCAGGGAAUGGCGCCGUCAGCAACCGGCAGAUUGGGACCAGCGAGAACAACGCCGACGGAAGCCUCGGUUGCGGGGGAUGCGGCAGAGAGAUAGCCGAGCGAUGGUACCUGAGGGCCGCCGAUCGUGCGUGGCACUGCGGCUGUUUGCGUUGCUGCCAUUGUCGGGUACCAUUGGCGGCCGAGCUGACUUGCUUCGCCAGGGACGGCAACAUCUACUGCAAAGAGGAUUAUUAUAGGUUGUUCGCCGUGUCGAGAUGCUCUCGAUGCCGGGCAGGCAUCUCCGCCUCGGAGCUGGUGAUGCGCGCUCGGGACCUCGUGUACCACGUCGCCUGCUUCACGUGCGCUUCUUGCGGCACCCCGCUGAACAAGGGCGAUCAUUUCGGGCAAAGGGACGGGCUGGUCUACUGUAGACCUCACUAUGAGUUGCUCUGCUGCGCGGGGGAUUACGGGAGCGGAGCUGGCAGUAUCGAGGACAUCGGUUCACCAGGGGUGUCGCCGCUUCCGGCUUAUUACAGCGCCGCGGAGCAGAGCCCGAUCACCACUUCCGGUACGGUGCAGAAGGGCAGACCUAGGAAGAGGAAGCUGUCGGAAGUCACCGGCGCUGAACUACCCGUCACGAUGAGGCUGGCUGCUGGCGCUCUUGGCCAUUUUGUUGCAGAACUACUCCAUCCUACAGAGCUGUCUUCAUCCAUGGAAUCAUUGGCAGCGUAUGACGCGUCUGUCGGGUCACCGGGUCCCGUGCACCAGAGCCAACGAACGAAGCGCAUGAGAACGAGCUUCAAGCAUCAUCAGUUGCGAACGAUGAAGAAUUAUUUUGCUAUAAAUCAGAACCCCGAUGCGAAGGAUCUCAAGCAACUGGCGCAAAAGACGGGACUUUCGAAGAGGGUGCUUCAGGUCUGGUUCCAAAACGCCCGCGCGAAAUGGCGACGGAACAUGAUGAGGCAGGAGGGUAACACGUCCGCUGGCAACGUGGGGUGUCCCGGAACACCGGUGCCCUCGAGCACGGGCGGUUCACCGAACGUGGGACCGUCGGCCAGCAUCCUGGGGGACAGCAACAGCAUGCCGUCGACCUCGAUGGAGGAGCUGCACGCUCUUCAUCACCUACAUUCCGGCGUUUCCUCUCAGGUCUCGUUCUCCGAUCUUUACUGACGACGGCUUGAGAUGGAGGAAGACAGCUACAGCAGCCUUUCCAGCCAUCUUGGAUGAAGGAUCUCCGCGCGUCCCUCUUUUGGGAUCCGACUCUCGACGCGCUGUCGUUCAGGGGGGGGGGGGGAACACGAUCGCCAAGGAUCCGUUCCGUUUUCUUUCGCUCCUAUUUUCUAUUUCCGAGCUUCGUCGCUGGUGAACUCCUUUUCGAGAGUUGGACUCCGUUUCACGCGUAUUCGGGGAGGCGACGGAUGAAAGGAGACUCAAGACGGACGACUGUGUUUUUAUUCGAGUUCGGCAGAGCUUCUCUCCUGAACAGCGUACGAGGAUUUUAACGGAAUCGCUGUAUUGCUGACGACCUUCCCGGUGAGUAAUCGCUGAGUCUUGACUUGCGCGACUCAGGACUCGGUGUGUUCUUACGUUUGAGGUUCGCGUGACGCCCUGCUGGCUGAGGUCUGCGUAUUCUAUCCGUACGCGAAACAUUUCUUCCUAUUUGUGUACGAUCUUGUUUAAUCUUCGCAGUCGUCGCGUUCGUUUCAAUCACCGUCGAACGGGAUGACCGCGUCUCGAUUACCAUUACUCUGUACCAAACGUCAAUCACGCUUAACAGGAACAAACGAUCAUUCAUCGAUCACGAGAAUUAUUUCGAAUAACGAUCCCCGAUGAUCGCUCAAUCGAUCGUAUAACACCGCGAUACGGUAGACUAGCGAAUCGCAACGACGGUCUUCCUGAUCCAAUCGUCUGGUCGAAAAAAUCUCACCGGGAAGCUCGGGUCAGGGAUCGAGCACGUCGGUCAGCGACGAUCGACGGAUUAUGUUUAAGUAAUCAGUGAUAAUAAUCAUAGUUCCAUGCACAUCCGAAUUACCAAAGGUACUAGGCGAUAGGUUAUCUCGCUAGCGAGAGCGCGAGCCGGGCACGCGUGGGGAGAACGAGGUACCAUUAUCGAUUUAUCGAAGAGGAAAAUCCUCGACUGGCGAUACUGCCAAGGGCCUUCAGAUGUCGCGGUAUCACACGAUCGUUUCAUUUUUCGAUAAUCGUUCGGGCCAUUUUGUCUGAAGCUUUUAGUCGUGGGUCAUUUUUGUGCCAUUUUCAUUUGAAUCGUCUUCGAUAAAUGUAACAACUGUAAAGGGAAUGAGCUGUGCUUCGCGAUAGAACAGAGUACAAGGCAGUGUUGGGCAUAAUCGUAAUCAUAAUUACGAUUGCGAUUGUAAUCAAAUGUUUUCGCGUUGCGAUUACGAUUACAAUUACGAUCGUAUUUUCAGGUGUUUUCAGACAUAAAAAUUUUUUGCCUCAAAAUCGACUUCAGAUUCGUGUCCCUCGCACCAAAAAGCUUCGAAAACCAGGUCAAAAUGAAACAUUUUUAAAUGUUACCUUAUCUAGGCCCUACCACGUGUAGAAGAUAAUUUAAUUGUUACAAGUUUCACAUGAAUUAUUAAGAAUUUUAUAGGCAGAAUUACUUUCACGUCAUAUUUACGUAAUUGCAUUGCACAAACACAACGAGAGAUUAUCCUGAGGAACGUCUAGAUGAAGACUUCGAGCUUUGAGAGAAAAAAGGACGUUUAUAUCACUCUAAGCACUUCAGGCAAUUCGAUUUAAUGCCUUAUGAAAGAAUGCUUUCAGCGGUUGGUUAGUAAGCAAAGUAUGCGUAUCAUUGGAACAUAAAAAUUCGUUGAACUAUGCUCAUAACGCAUAUCAGCAUAAUAAUUUAUUGAUCGACGAAGUACGCAUAUACUGGUAGAAAAAAUUGCAUUGAAUUAAAUUCACAAUGCGUAAAAAGCAAUUUCUUAACCAACAAAGUAUGCAUAUCAUUAGCAUAUAAAAAUGCGUUGAAUUAUGUCCGUAAUACGUAGUACUAUUAGUCAACAAACUACGUAUAUCGUUAGCGCACAAAUAUGCGUUAAAUUAUGUUCAUCGACGCGAUGUGAUACCCACGUGUUUCGUCCAAGCAUAGAAUUUCGUAUCUUAAUCGAAAGCGAUGAACAAAUAAACUUCGUAUAUUUGUCAUAUUUUUAGGCGACCAAUCGUUUCCAAGUCGAUCGCAGUAGAAAUAACUGUGCGCGUUGUAAUUACGGUCGAAAUUAGCGGAGGCCUCGUUUUGGUACCUCAAUUUUCCCUUCUCGACACGUGACCCCGACUUCGCGCUCUGCUUCUCUUCCUUUUUAGCCGAAACCGAAUAAUAGAGACUUUUUGAUAUCGAUAACGGCGAUUUACGGCUAGAAUAGCGAACGAACAAGCGACGUGUGUCAAUGUCAAGACGGCGUUCCUCUCCUCGUGCCAAAAACGUAGCUAAGAUAACGAGUUUUUUCUACGGUGCCAUGCGAAUCCAAAGGAAUCGUGUUUCCCAAGCCAAUAAAUCUUCAUCGAUUGCGAGAAUUACUAUCUACAAUUAUCUAUCCAAAAUUAUUUUCAACGAUUCCAAUUUCUUUUACUUCUAUGUAAAAUUAUUCUUUACUUUCGUCGCAUGAAAAUGAAAUAUAUUUUCAACAGUUGAAUGUUUAUUCAAAUUAUUAUUAAUAAGUCCGUCGUCUGCUUUGAAGUUUUCACUUGAAAAUAAAAUUUCUUUUUAUUAUUAUAAGUCAAAAUCAAAUAUUUUGAAGCGUUAGCUGAUGGGGUGAGUUCAAAACGAGACUACGUGGAAGUUACCGAGGUUAAAUAAAAUAUCUUGGACUUUCGAACAGCGUAGACGCGAUAUAGAUGGAAUUAAACGUAUAAAUUAAAGUCAAGCUUCCGACAGGAGACAAGAGAUACGCGGGGAUGUUACAUGGUAGCGAGGAAAGCUCUUCGCUGGCCUUCGGUGGUCAGUUGAUUUUGAUGCAAUCUCAGCGCCAACCACGAAUCAUAUGCAUUCGAUGCAAUCAUGAUAUAGUAAGAUAUUUUAUAUUUCGAUUGGAUUUACGUUCAACUCACUUCAUCUUUCGCAUAAGAACUAUUUAAACCUGCAAGUUGAAGGUCUACCAUUCAUUAAAAAAUGAACUAUAAUUUUAAAUUCAAUUUACUUCAUUUUAUUUCCAUUGUUACAAGCGUUGAAAGUUUAUCGGUAUUUAAAUUAAUUUUAUAAUUAUCUAGGCUAGACCACGACCUUUGGAUCCGAUCGGUGCGAAACACACUCAUUCGACCACUGACGACACGGUAUGUACAUUAGUGAGAAUGACGAUUAGUGUGGAGUACUCGCAGAAUUUUUAGCCAGACUUUAAGCGACACGUGUGGUGUACUUGCGAGAAAAGCUUGGGUAUACUAAGUCUCUUAACAGCAGAUCGAUGUGUAGCAAGGUGAUGUUUACGGAUAAACGAGAAACGAGAACGUCGCCAUUUGUCGCGCUCAAUUCACAACCGAUGAACCAUCGACGCAAAGAUAAUAGAAACGAGGAUUCCUAACUAUCGAAAGAAGAAAUUUAUCUUGUAUCGAUCGAGAACCUAUAAUUUUUAUACGCGUCUCGUCGUGUCAGAAAUUAUAUUCAUCGAUCGCGAACGACGAGACGUCGAGCACGGGCGUCGCGACAAAGAUUCUAAAUCGGGUAACUUUGCGUGCAAUUAGCAAGAUCUCGUCAAUUACGCGGCAAGUUCAUCCUUUAGUUAACGUUUCUUUGAAAAUUCUUUCGACACGAAAUCCGAGUUGAAAAUAGUUUGCAUAGUUGGCAAAGGGGGCUGCAGUCGCAUGUUAGGCAUGUGUAGCAUAGCAAGAUGAUUUAAUGUACGUCGGCGUCUUAAAAUGCGUGAACCAAUUAUGUAAAACUGUAUAGAUAAAUUAAUGUGCUGCAUUCGAGUGCGACUAUUAUCGUAUAAUAAAUAGUUACGUACAUCUGGACUUUGAAAAUCCCAUUCGUUAUUCAUCGUUAUCCUUUCUAUUCAUUGUUAUCCUCUUUGGGAAAAUAAAAAGUAGAUCGAGAUAUUUAAUUUUUAGAAAUAGAGAUGUAAAAUUAUGUUUCCUGUCAUGUAUGGAACUCUGAAACUUCAUUGAUUCAGGAAUUGAACAUUAUUUUUGAUGAAUCACUUCACAUCUCGUAAUGAAAUUACAUUUCGAUUGUCAUCACAUGUUAAAUAAUUUUUAUGUAUGAUAGUCUACAUACUUUGAUACUUUAUACAUCGCUGGAUGGUCAACAAUCUUCCAUGUAAAUAUUCACAAAUUGCUGUAAGAAUUAAAUGAAGAUUAUAUAAAUCACAAUAAAAUAACGAUAUCAAAUGCAUACAUAUAUUAAUGCAUAAUUUUAGAUACGGAGGAUGCCUGCAAGCAGACACAUUCUUGUAUAAUCCGGUAUUUCUCUUAAUAUAUUAUAAUCUUCUUCGUAUCGUGUACCUAUUUUCAGAAUAACUACAUUUGCUUAUUUAUUUUAUUAAUCGUUUACAGUAUGGAAAUAUACGAAGUUCAGAUACGUGAAUAUAAAACACAUGAAACAAGAAUUACACGAGCGCAAAUGAGGCUGAGUGCAGCUAAAAUGCUGGUAUUAUAAACCUAACCAGGAUAAUAACGUUACAGAUUCAAAAGAAGAUGCCUUGUAAUUCCAACGAGUGCCUGUACAGUGUGAAUUAAUAUUAUCUUUGUUGAAUUAAAAUUACGCUUCUUUAGUUAAUUCGAUAAUAACAUUUUAUUCUAAGAUUCAUAAUGUUUUCAGUUUUAUUAAUAUUCAGUAUUUCUCAAUCAUUCUAGUUUGUGCCAUAACGAUACCGAUACGAUAUUAUCGAAGAUGUUUCUUGACUUUUCGAUAUCGGAUCGGCCGAACACCCAACACAAUGGCAACUUGGACCGUACUUUGUUUAAAGAGGACCGUACAAGAUCACCUAUGCAACGCGUAAUUUUGAUUAUGUUCAUUAAAAAUAAACUACGAAUAUUGUCAACUAUGCGUCAUACUUUUUACAAAUAGGACUGUAUUAAAAAUAAACAAUGCGAUAGCUCACGAAAAAAUUCUUUAUGGAUUGAACAAUUAAAAAUUUUAAAGAAUACCAGAAAAUUGACGGUCUAUACUAGACCGUUAGUCGUCGAAUACAGUUCCCAUUCGCAGUACGGCUUUAGUAAACGACCUGGCUACUUUCAGAGGCUACGUUAAGAAGCGGCCGACAGCGGCGCCGAUCGCGGUCCCAUGAAACGCGAACUUUAUUCGUCCGCGACGCGUUAUGCCCGCCGUUACGUUGAACAUCUUUCGCGUGCCGGAGGUAAGUGCUCGUGGUUGGUCGGUUUUCUUGCGGUUUUGACGGCUAUGUUCCCUCGAAAUAUCUAUAACCGCGUCAC